CUUCCGCUUCAUCCACCACUGCCCAUUUCAGCUCUUCUCACUCACCUUUUAGUGUAUAUCUCCGGCGACAAGAUGGUUUCCGGUUCCUACACCGUCGAGGUCCCCUUCAAUGUCUCAGCUGCACGGCUCUGGAAAGGAGCGAUCGAGGAGCCCCAUAUCUUGUACCCCAAGCUCAUGCCUGACUUUUUUUCCAAAGCCGAGCGUAUUGGAGAGGGAGUCGGAGCUAUUAACGUUUUCUACUUCGCUCCGGCCGCAAAUCUGCCACCGGGAAGCCUCAACAAGAACAAGAUAGAAGUGCUCGAUGAAGCGACAUUCACUUUUAAGAACUCAUCCGUCGAAGGAGGGCUCCUUGGAGUGCGUGUUCAAUCAUUCACCUAUGAGUCCGUCUUCGUUCCAUCCGGUCCUGAUAGUUGCGUUGCGAAGAUCAAGUUCGAGUAUGAAACAAUUGGGGACCAAGAUCUCAGUGAAGAGGAAAUAAAACCCAACAGAGAAGGAUCGGUCGGAGUGCUCAAGGCUGUCGAAGGAUAUCUACUUGCCAAUCCUGAUGUCUACGCAUAAAUAUGUAUCUCAUAUCAGUCAUCCAUCCGUAGCAUCUUAUUUUUCAACCUUGCUAUCUAAGUUUAUGGUAUAUGUAAUUGUGAGAAAUAAAUGGAUGAAUUAUCUAAAGUCAAGAGUGCGUUAAUAAGAGAUAUUUUGGUAUUAUUGUGAGAUUGAGACAUAAUAACACUUGGUGGUCUUCUUCUUUUUCCUGCUUAAA